AUGUUCGGGUCCAUCUUUGGCUUCGCAAUCCUCAAGCCGCUUUCCAAGGCGCUGCCAGACCGCUUCGGUGGAGGAUACUUCGGACCCAAGGAGAACGUCUGCUGCCAGAGCGCCGCGACGGCUGCGGGCUCACUCGGUCUCUUGUUCACCUCCGGUUUCCCCGCCGCGUACCAGCUCGGCCUCCUCGGUGCAGACCCUUCCGCGGAUUUCGGCCGUCUCAUCACGUUCACGAUCUGCUGCGCCUACGUCGGCAUCUUCUUCACCAUGCCUCUCCGGCGUCUGUACAUCCUCAAGCUCAAACUGACUUUCCCGAGCUCCGUCGCGACCGCAUACACGAUCCGCUCGCUGCACGUCGGGCGCAACGCCGCAGCGGUUGCGCGCAAGAAGACGUGGGCCCUCGUCAUCUCCUUCCUCAUCUCCAUUUGCUGGAGGGUGACGAGCGAGUAUGCGCCCGGCAUUAUGUGGGACUGGCACUGGAGCUGGUGGUUCUACCGCGCCGGCUGGGAAUGGAUCAUCUGCGCGGAGUCUUGGGGCUGGGUCUGGGAGUGGACCCCUGCCUUCAUCGGGUGCGGGCUGCUGGUCCCCAUGAACAGCUCAGGUUCCUUCGUGGGCGGCGCGGUCCUCGCAUGGGCGAUCAUCGGUCCUGCACUCGUGGCGACGAACCGCGCGUUCGGCGAGCCCAUGUCGCCCCUCUACCCGGGCUACCUCGACUACUCCAACAUGGACCUCCCCGACCCCGUCCACCGUCCCUCGCCUGAGUACUGGAUGAUCUGGCCGGGAUGCAUGCUCCUGCUCACCUCCAGCGUCGCCGAGAUCGCCGCGAACUACAAGACGAUCGUCACCGCGUUCAGCGUGCUCCUCGAGCCCGCGGUCGCGAAGGCGCGCCGGGUCGCAAACCUCCGCGAGAAGAACGUGCACUUUGAGAAGGAGGACGGCUUCUACGACCCCGUCCCGCCGGAGGAGCAGACGCCGUGGUGGAUGUGGAUGGGCGGCCUCGUCCUCAGCUCGAUCCUCACGAUGCUCGUCAUGAAGUACCAGUUCGACCAGAACCCGGGCAUCACCCUCCUCUCGAUCAUCUUUGCGUUCGUCUUCUCGCUCGUCGGCGCAGAGUGCGUGGGGCGCGUGUCCGUGAACCCUGUUACCACUCUCGGAAACUUCUCGCAGUUGAUCUUCGGCGGCAUCUCGAAGGGCUCCGGGCUCCCCCCGCAGCGGAACGAGCUCAACAACGGGCUCACGGGCAUGAUCACGCUCGCCGCAGCCGAGCAAUGCUCCGACAUGCUCGGCGACCUCAAAGCGACGCACCUCCUCGGCGCGUCCCCGCGCGUGCAGCUCUACGCGCAGUGCUUCGGCGCGCUUGUCUCCAUCUUCCUCAGCACUGCGAUGUACGUCGUGUUCAGCAAGGCGUACCCGUGCAUCAACACGCUCUCCUCGUCCGCGUGCGAGUUCGCCGUGCCCGACGUGAAGAGCUGGCGCGCGGUCUCGAUCGCCGUGUCCGGUUCGUCGUUACCCAUCCCGACGUCCUCCGGCAUCGUCGCGCUUUGCUUCAUGGGGAUCGUCCUCCUGAGCACGUUCGUCAAGUACCGGUACGUCCCCGUGGACAAGCAGCACUGGGUCCCGAACUGGAACGCGGUGGGGAUCGCGUUUGUGCUCGGGCCGACGAACACGUACCCCGUCGCGAUGAUGUUCGGGAGCGUGGUCGCGUUCGUGUGGCGGCGCCGCUGGCCGAACGCGUGGUUCCUCCUGGGCUACGCUAUUGCGGCGGGCAUGAUCGCGGGCGAGGGCCUCGGCGGGAUCGUGAAUGCGGUGUUGCAGAUCGGGAAGGUGAGCGGGAACUUGUACGGCACCGCCGUGGGGUGUCCCAUGAAUGCGUAUUGUGGAUGA